GUAGCGCAGGAGCUCCGGCGGGUUUAAACAGCGAGCCCUGACUCUUCACUCACUCGGGCGACUCGGAGCUCUGGGGCCGAUCAGCACCAAGUCCACCAGCACUGAUCUCAACGAGCAGUUCUGUCUGUCUGUCUGUACGUCUGUACGUCGGGGUUUUGCUUUCCGUUUGCGCAGAACAAAGUUAAAGAACAGGCUAAGAAGUUUACUAACACGGAUCCCGCGUGAUGUAACCCAUCACACUGGAAGGUUCUGACUUCUUGGCGACGCGGUUUUACUUCUGAUCUACAGUUCGGCUGUUGCUUGAUUAGAUUAUUAUGAAUGGUACACGCACUGUCAUGGAGUUGGUCAACAGCCCGAGACGCGCGUGGUGAACAAACAGCAUCACAACCUCGCCAGCUAUGAAGGUCUUAAGGCUUUGCCACGGAGCGGCCUUCGCACUCGUCUGGAGCUGCCUCGGCUUCUUUCAGAGCGUCCAGUGCGCGUUAGGGGACAACCAUGUCCACUCGAGCUUCGUGUACAGACGCUUGAGAAACCACGAGCGCAGAGAAAUCCAAAGGGAGAUCCUCUCCAUCCUGGGUUUGCCCCAUCGCCCGAAACCUUUCUCUCCGGCCAAGCAGGCAUCCUCGGCGCCUCUCUUCAUGCUCGAUCUGUACAACGCCAUGACGACCGAGGAAGCGGAGGAGGAGGAGGACGCGCUGCUCGAGAGCGCAGGCAGAGCGAUCAGCAUGAACUCCCUGGGAAACCCGGCGAGAAGCCAGCACAGCGCGGCUCCCUAUGGAUAUUCCCGAGCGCCCGUGGCCUGGACAAGUCAGAGUCCACCUCUGGCGACUUCACACGACGCGAACUUUCUCAACGAUGCCGACAUGGUUAUGAGCUUUGUCAAUCUGGUGGAAAGAGACAGGGACUUUUCCCACCAGAGGAGACACUAUAAAGAGUUCCGUUUCGACCUAACUCAAAUUCCAGAAGGGGAGGCUGUAACUGCAGCAGAGUUUCGCAUCUAUAAAGAUCACAGUCAUGGAAGAUAUGAGAAUGUCACUUUAAAGGUCUCCAUAUACCAGGUGACGAGGGAAUAUCAAAACAAGGAUGCAGAUACAUUUUUGCUUGACUCAAAGAAAAUCCGUGCCUCAGAUGGAGGAUGGCUGGUGUUUGACAUCACAGCCACCAGUAAUCACUGGGUACUUAACCCACAGCAGAACAAGGGCCUCCAGCUCUGUGUAGAGACCAUGGACGGUCGAAGCAUCAACAUGAAAUCAGCCGGGAUCAUUGGCAGAAGUGGGCCUCAAUCCAAGCAGCCUUUUCUUGUGGCAUUUUUCAAAGCCAGCGAAGUGUUGCUGCGCUCUGUAAGGGCCGCAGGGGGGAAGAAGAAGAAUCCUAACAGAAACAAAGGCAGAAGUCAAUCGAAAACCCCACCGGUUCCCAGGACCGGAGAUCAAAACAUCAGCGAACAGAAGCAGGCCUGCAAGAAGCACGAGCUUUACGUCAGUUUUCGUGAAUUAGGAUGGCAGGACUGGAUAAUUGCACCGGAGGGCUAUGCAGCAUUUUACUGCGAUGGAGAAUGCUCCUUCCCACUCAAUGCACAUAUGAAUGCAACAAACCAUGCAAUUGUGCAAACUCUGGUUCAUCUCAUGUUUCCUGAUAAUGUGCCAAAGCCUUGCUGUGCACCAACCAAGCUGAAUGCAAUAUCAGUGCUAUACUUCGAUGACAGCUCAAAUGUAAUUCUGAAAAAAUAUCGCAAUAUGGUAGUCAGGUCUUGUGGGUGCCACUGAAGUCAUACAGUACAUCUUUGAGAGGGCUUGUUUGUUUUGUUUUUUUGGAGGGAACACACAUCAGCCCUUAUAUUGUUAUGCUUCACACUGUCAGUGCGGGUUAUAAAUUAAGUUCUUUAUUGAUUGGAGUCUUUGGAGCAAUCAGUUAAAAAAGAAAUAAAUCUGCCACUUCUGUAUUGUUGGAAAAAAUACCAGAUAGAUAGUUUGGAGAUUUACAGUAAUGUACAGUGUUAUGUAUAUAUUAGCUCAUGAAUGUGCUUAUUUAUUUGGCUUUAUUUUUAAAUAGUAGGAGACACAUUAAACAUUUACCACUCGCAGGUAAUAACCGGUAUUUCCUGAAACCCCCUUUGAGGCCAGUCAAGCAAGCAGCAGCUAUUUUUGCUCCUUUGAUCAGUUCUGGUGAUUUUAAAUGGAGAUGUUUUGAUUUCCUUCAGACUUUACACACAUUUACAUUAGUAAUUUGAAUUAUA